CGUCACUCCACCGGUAUACAUCCGCCGUGUCUCCCCUUUUUUUGUUUGUUGGUUUCCGCGAGCACGCCACGUAACGUUCCCCGCCGAGUACGCCGCCCGUUCGUCGGGAAAAGCCGUAGAUAUGUCGCACGGCGGCAGGAACGAGUGUAGGAUAUACGUGGGCAAUCUGCCACCGGACAUACGUACGAAGGACAUCCAAGAUCUCUUCUACAAAUUCGGAAAGGUCACUUUCGUCGAUCUGAAGAAUCGCCGGGGUCCGCCUUUCGCCUUCGUCGAAUUCGACGAUCCGAGAGAUGCGGAAGACGCGGUACACGCGAGGGACGGCUACGACUACGACGGCUACAGAUUGAGAGUCGAGUUCCCGCGCGGCGGCGGUCCCAGCAACAAUUUCCGCGGUGGACGCGGAGCCGGGGACAGCGGCCGGGGUGGCCGCGGCGAGAUGAGCAACUCCCGCGGCCGCGGCCCGCCCGCGCGACGAUCGCAGUACCGGGUGCUGGUCAGCGGACUGCCGCCCUCGGGAAGCUGGCAGGAUCUCAAGGACCAUAUGCGCGAGGCCGGUGACGUGUGCUUCGCGGACGUUUACAAGGACGGCACCGGUGUCGUCGAAUUUCUGAGACACGACGACAUGAAGUACGCUGUAAAGAAGUUGGACGACUCGAGAUUUAGAUCGCACGAGGGUGAAGUAGCUUACAUCCGUGUGAAGGAGGAUCACAGCGGUGGCGACAGGGGACGCAGCGAAGACCGGGAGAGGGGCCGUACCCGCUCGCGAAGCUACAGCCCACGGCGCCGUGGCUCGCCUACGUACUCGCCGCUGCGGCGUAAUUACUCGCGAUCAAGAUCUCGUUCCAGGUCGCGCUCUUACGACUAGUAUGUACGUAUGUGUUUCUCACAUGGUAAUACAAUAAGUACAGGUUUAUAUUGAUAAUCUGCUCUUUACCAUGUUUCAUUAUUGCUGAUUUAAAUUUCACUCGAUAAAGAUUUUCCCAACAACAACACGAGUUUUGUAAACGGAGUUUUAAAUUAAUUUCUUAAUAUUGCUUGAAUUUAAUAGCUGAAUUAAUUGACUGUAUUGUAUUUAUCUCUCUCUCUCUCUCUGAUGUAUAAUUAGAGCACGGUUUAUUUCGUACAUACAUACGUCACGAUUAUUCUUUAAGUUCCUUGCUUUCAAUAAUAAGCAUAUCUUAUCGUUCGACCCAGAAGCAAGUUAAUUUAGUGAUUUCAUUUUUCGUCGUCAUUCUAACAAAGAUUCGAAAAUACGGUAACUCUAUUGAAUCUUAUUAGCCUCAAAAAUAAAAUCGUGCUCGAGAUCAUGUGUAACUGUUUGUCAUCUAAACUCUGUCGGAUCUAAUUUUCAACAUUUAAUACAUUCCUUCACAUACAUAUUUGCCAAUUUGUUUUUGUCAUCACUACCAUUUAUGAAAUGUGUAACAAUUUUGACGUAUUUUAACGAGCCUUCUGACAAAAUUAGACCUAAAAACCUUUUAACUGUUUAUUCUGGCUGUUUAAAUAUUGAUAUAAAUAACGAAAAGAACUGAUUUAUGAUGAAUAUUUUUGAUUGACAAUAACUCAAUCACUUUUUACUAAAAUACGUUUCUAACAAUAGUAGCUACUUUAAUGUUUAAUGUAAUUACGUGAAGUAUAUUAAUACUUAAGUCUUUAUUUAUAUUUGGAUAUACGUUGCAUAAUGAAAUAUGAAAUUUUAAGGUCUUGCCUAACAAAAAUUUCUUCCCAAUAAUCUCGUAUCGUGUGAUUUUACUAACAUACUUUUUAUAAUCGAUCAUCUUCAUAUUUAUUAGGAUAAUUUUAUCCUGUAUUACUAUAAAAGUGCUAAACUUUAUCAUACAAAAACAGGAAUAUGGAUAAACUGUUUGUACUAACAUAUUUAAAAACACAUUUUAUAGAUACUAAUGAAUAUAAAUAAAACAGGGCUUAAAUUAAUACUUACGUAAGAUGCCUUUCUCAUAAGUUUUAAACUUACUGAUAUUAUUGUAAUAAUUAUUAUAUGCAGUAAUUAUUAUAAUACGACAGGUACUGCAUAUCUAAUCGCCUGAAUUAACAUACUAUACACAAUUGAGGUGGAACAACUGUUGCUAGUACGUCGAAAGUCAUGCGCUACUGCCUAGCUGCAGAUUUCUUAACGCAUUUAAAGUCGAUUUAACUUUCAAUACUAAACUACUUUUGUCGAGAAGUCCGUAUUUUAAGAGGAAAUACAUCAAUAUGCGAUAUAUUCUGUAUACAUGCGUCUUAGGCAAUAACAAAUAAACAAAUUAAAAAAGAGUAGCAUGCUAUGUAUGUAUAUUCGUCUUACAAAAUAUAUUUUUUUUUAAUGUAGAAAUACGAUUAUAUAUAUUAACUUUAACAGAUAUAACAUGUAUAUAGAAAUAAAUACCUCAAGAUUGUUUACACGA